AUGGUUCGAAGGCGUUUCAUGUCCAAAGGCAAUGCAACGUUUGUUGAUGGAUUAGAUAAAACCGUCUUGAAAGAAUUUACUACGGAACAUCUUUUGUAUCGUACGGCUAUUCUCGGUAACAUAUUGAAUGAUGUGUUGGAUCAAGAAUGGGACUCUAGUUCACGCAAAGUGAAAGGAAAGGAAGGACGACGUCGUGUUAAACCCAUUGAACGAACAAAUAGCAAUGAAGAAGAGCUCGAAUAUCAACGUCUGCUCAGUGAAGUAUAUGAUGAUGAUGAUGGAAGACGUAGAAAAAAUGAAGUAAAAAUAUGGAGUCAUAACAGUUUUAUUCAUGUGGCCAGAGAUGAAGUAUUUUACUCAGUAGUAGAGUCAGAGAUUAGAGAAGCUGAGGAAUACGAACUCAUCGUUGAAUAUGACAGCAAGCUAUGCAAAGAUCGUAAGUGA